AUGCCUGCAUACUCCUUCGACUACAAGUCCUACAUGACAAACAACCUGUUGGGACAUGACCAGGAUAUUCACUACAAAAUGUCUAAAAAGAUUGCACAAUUGACAAAAGUGGUUUGCAUGUUGAACUCACGUGGUGAGGAUUCUGUUGAUCUACUUAAGGAGACUUCCAAGCAACACGAGAAUGAAAUUAUCAAACUAAAGAGUUCCUAUGAACUGAAACUGAGAGAUUUAGAGCUUAGACUUGAAGAGGAGAAAGGAUUCGGGAACACCAUAGCCUUCUUAGAAAAGAGUAUUAGUGAAAAAGAGUUGGAAAUCAUCAACCUGGAAUCUAAAUGUAGUCAGCUAAUAAAUGAGCAUCAUUUAAAAGAAGAUAUGUUGAGAGUAAAACAUAGUGAAGAAAUAAUUAAACUACAACAGACUAUUGCUGAGCAUAAAGAAAAAUAUGAAAAAGAAUUAAAUACAAUUCGAUGUCUUGCUGAACAGUGGAAAUCUCACCAAUGUCCAAGCACAGAACCGAUUCUUAACGAGAAAUUGCAACUGGAAUGUGAAUUUCAAAGAUUACAAGAGAAGUAUUCAUCAUUAGAAACGGAAGUAGAAGAUAGAAUCAAAGCUCUUACAGAUACGUAUGAAUGUAAAAUCCAAGAACUUAUCAAAAAUAUUAAAGAUGAAGAAAAUAGAAAAGAAAAUGAACUAUUAGAAAUCAAUAAAAAACUUUUACAAGACUUAAAAAAUCAACAAUAUAUCUAUGAUCAAUCAAUUAUUAGAUAUAAUCAAGAAAAAAAUGAAUUAAGCAAUUUUAUAAAACAUAAUACAGAAAUUAAUUUAAACAAUAUUUGGCAAGGUCGAUUAAAUCAAGAAAGAGAAGAAUUUCAAAUAGAAUUAUCAAAAUUACAUAAAUUAAAUGAAGAAAUCAAGUAUAAUUUAGAGAAUCAUAUUGAAAGUUCAAAAGUAAAAUAUGAUAAACUUAAUGCAGAAUAUAUAAAUUAUCAAAAGGAAACAAAAUUAGAAUAUGAAAAAUUUCAUAGAAAAAUUAUUGAUUUACAAUUAAUUGAAGAGAAUUUAAAGAAAGAAUUAAUUAUAAAAAAUGAUGAACAAAUGAAUUUAGAAAAAGAAAGGAAUAUGAAAUAUUUACAAUUAAAAAAAGAAUAUGAUGAAUGUUUGGAAAAAAUAAAGAUAACUGAAGCUCAAUUAGAAUCCAAAAACGAAAAUCAGCUUGACAAACAAAACUUAAUUUUAAACUCCAAAUAUGAAGAUGUUCAACUGAAAUUGAAAGAAUCAAGAAAGUUAAUAAAAGAGAAUUUCACAGUCAAAUUACGAAAUUUAAAAGGGGUAUUUGAAAGUUCUCUAUUGAAUAUUGAACAAAUGAAAAUGAAUUUAUCUCAUGUUACUAUGCUUUUAAAACAAGAAAUAAAAAUAAAAUAUGAAAAUUUAUUAAAUCAAAAAAUGAUUGAUUUACGUAAAACAUUAUACAAUGAAAUUGAACAAAAAAUAAAUAAGGAAAAAGAAUCUACUAUUAGAAACAUUACAAUAGUAAAACAAAAUGAGAUUGAACAACUUCAACAAGUAAAUAAGGAAUUAAAGUUGAAACUUACUAAACAAAAUCAAGAAUAUGAAAAUGAAUUAGAGAAAAGUUCAAGAUUUACCGAUUUAGUUGCUGAACUUGAUCGUAAAUGGUCUGAAACUGUAGGUCGUGAAUGUGCACGUAAAAAUAAUAAUGAAAUGAAGAAUUUUGCAAUGAUUGAUUCGAGUACAGAAACUGAUCAAAAAUUAUAUGUUGAACAAAGUAAUUAUCAUAUAAAUGAAAAUGAAAUAGAUCAAAAAACAAAAUAUGAACAGGAAAUUAAACGAAAACAAAUUGAACUGGAAAAAGCUCAAAUCAAUUAUGAUAAAUUACUUGAAGAAUUUAUUCAAUCUCAGACAGAUUUUCAACAGAUACAUGUUAAACUUAAAAGUCAGUUAAAAGAUGAGCAAUUGGCAAAUGAAGAAAAACUAAGUUUAAAAGAAGAGGAAUUAAAAAAUCAUUUUAAAAAUGAAUUACAAACAAUGAAACAGUUAUAUGAAAAUAUAAGAUCAAAAGAAUAUAAUGAAUUUAUACUUGCUCAAAAUAUUCUUAAAUCUAAAAUACAUGAAUUACAUCAACGUUUAUUAGGAUGCUCUUGUAAAUCAUCAACAAUACUGAAACAGAUAAAAAAUAGUAGAUUAUCAGCAAAUAGUCAAUUAUUACCAGAGAUUACUAUGAGUAAUAAACAAGAUUUUGUUUUUGAUACUUUAUCCACUUCAUCCUUAUCGUCAUUACCAGCACUAGGAACUCUGUCAGAACCAAAAUUCAUUUAUAAUCUACUUUCUGAUCAACUAUCUUCACAAAUUAAUGAAAAUCAUCGUUUGAUAAAUGAAAAUAAAGAAGAAAAGUUUCAUUUGCCUACAUUAACUACCUAA